AGUGGAGCCAGUCAGGAGGCGUGGCGCUCGGGGUAGGGGAGGGUCGCGGCAUCGAGGUGGCCUUGCUUGUCUGUGAGGAGCCAGUCUGUCUCCGGAGGUCGGUUCGUGGCGGAUAUAAUGUCAAGUGGAGAUAAUCAGCAAUCACAGGCUCUUGCCAAACCUACUUUCACUGAGGUACAAGCCUCUGCAUUGGUAGAAUCAGUGUUUGGGUUCAAAGUUUCUAAGAUCCAGCCACUUCCCAGCUAUGAUGAUCAAAACUUUCAUGUUCACAUUUCAAGACUCAAAGACACUACAGAUGACCCAAGUGAAUAUGUCCUCAAAAUAAGCAACACAGAGUCUAGCAAAACUCCAGACCUGAUUGAAAUGCAGAAUCAUAUCAUCAUGUUUCUGAGAGCAGCUGGGUUUCCAACAGCCUUUGUGUGCCGGACUAAAGGGGACAACACGACCUCUCUGGUGUCCAUUGAUAGUGGAUCUGAAAUCAAAAGCUACUUGGUGAGGAUGCUGACUUACCUCCCAGGAAGACCCAUAGCUGAGAUUCCCAUCAAUCACCAGCUGUUAUAUGAAAUUGGAAGGCUAGCUGCCAAACUGGACAAGACACUAGAGAAAUUCCAGCAUCCAAAGUUGCAUCUUCUUCAUCGGGAGGACUUCAUCUGGAAUCUGAAAAGCAUUCCUCUCCUAGAGAAGUAUGUGGAUGCCUUGGGCCAGAAUCGCAACCGAGAGAUUGUUGAACAGGUCAUUCAGCUGUUUAAGGAAGAAAUAAUGACCAAAUUAAGUAAUUUUAGAGAAUGUAUCAAUCAUGGUGAUCUUAACGACCAUAACAUUUUAGUAGAGUCCAGCAAGUCAGCCUUUGGAGAUGCCGCGUAUCAAGUGUCUGGGAUUUUAGACUUUGGUGACAUGAGCUAUGGCUACUAUGUGUUCGAAGUGGCAAUCACCAUUAUGUACAUGAUGAUUGAAAGCACUAAUCCUAUGCAAGUAGGAGGUCACAUCCUUGCAGGGUUUGAAAGCAUAAUCCCACUGACCGCCGUAGAGAGGAGUGCUUUGUUUUUACUUGUGUGCAGUCGGUUUAGUCAGUCACUUGUCAUGGCCACAUACUCUUGCCAGCUGUACCCAAAGAACAGAGAGUAUCUCAUGAUUACUGCAAAAACUGGGUGGAAGCACUUACAGCAAAUGUUUGACAUGGGUCAGAAAGUGGUAGAAGAAAUCUGGUUUGAAACUGCAAAGUCCUAUGAAUCUGGGAUCUCCAUGUGACUGCAGAUUAGUCCACAUUUCCUUGAGUACUUAAAACUCAAUAGGCCCAAACCAGAUUUGUGAAGGAUUUUUCCGUAGAGUUAAAAAUGAAUCGAUAGAACAGAUUGAUUCCAAGUAUGAAGAGCAGACGAAAACUCUAGUGUUUUGAGCAAUCUUAGGACCGUCUUUUACAAUGAAGAAAGUACUACAUGAAGAGCGCUUGCCUAGUGUGCUCAGGCCCUGGGUCCAACCUCCAGUACUCAGAAAAGAUAUGCAAGCAAGCAUGUCUGUCUCUGGGUCUUGCUUGCCAUUUAUAUGAAAUGCACAUGAUUAUACCUGAUUUUAAUCAGUCUUUCAGAUCUUAAUCAAGGUCUAUUUUAGUCCUUAAUGACUUUUGAACUUUGAAAAAGAAUAGGCAUGUAUAGCUAUGUUCACAUAUUUUAAAUAAUAGGACAUAGCCUGCACGUCACUAAUUCUAUGAAACCUCUGAUCUCUCCUCUAGAAUCCCACUGCAUUCUGUCUUUUUCACAGCUUUUCACUUUUCAUGCUAGAUUACAGUUGUGCAGUCAUGUACUCUGUGAGCUAUCUGACCAUGGGAGAGAACAUGAAAAACUUUUGUCUCUGUAUCUUCCCAUACCUACAAUAGUGUCUUUCCCACCGAACAGUCUCUAAACAUACUUACAAAAUGAGAUGAUUGUAUGCAAGAAGAAAGGCCAAAGAAGGUGCACACUGUGAUGCCUUAGAGAAAACACAGCUGUAAGAAAACAAUACUGCACUUGAGGGAAUAGUCGAAACUGGAGCCCCCAAGACAGAUGCUAGACAACAUUGGAACUGCAAGGAAGUGAAAUAAGACAUCCAAGCAAGGACACCAACCCCUCAGCUACUUAAGUACAACAGUUUCCAAGCUGAUACAAAGAAGGUUCCUUAAAAGAUUUUUUUGAGACAGGGUCUCACUAUGUUGCUCAGGCUGGUCUUGAACUCCUUGGCUCAAGCAAUCCUUGUGUCAGCCUCUCAGUGCUGGGACCAUAGUCAUGCACAACUGUGCCUGGCUCCAGAUGAUUUUCAUCCUCUAUAGUUUGAGAUUGCUUUUAUGUGAGUCUGCAGAAUUAGUGAAGCACAUUGUAUAUUUGUCUUAAAAUCUACCACUGCAUUUCUUUUACUUUUCAUAUCUCUGCCUGUGUAAGUGGAUAUUUACUUCUUUUAGGGUGGGUUGUUUUGCUUUACUUUGCUUUGUGACAGGAAUCUACUAUGUUGUCCAUACUGUCAUCAAACUCAUGAGCUCUACUGAUCAUUCUGCCUCUGCCAAACAAGUAGCUAGGCCUUCACACAUGCGCCAUUACAUCCACUCAUCAUUUAUGUUCGUGGGGUUGUUUUUUUGUUGUUUUGUUUUGUUUUUUUUUUUUU